UCUUCCUCUCCCGCCGGAGAAUUUUUCUUCCUUUCCCAUACAAAGGCAGGACCGCCAAUUCGGAGGGAGACUCGACACUUGCAAAGCUCAUCUUGUUUUUUUUUUUUUUUUUUUUUUGGCUUUUGUCUCCCAUGGCUUCUCGUAGCUAUGGCGCUUAUUCUUCUCCCCCGUGGUUACUGUCUGCGGCGAUCUAUGCUUUGCUGUUUGGGUUCCCCUGUUCUGCCUUGGGAACGAUCGGGUUCGAUUUCCACCACCGCUACUCCGAUCCCGUCAAAGGGAUGUUAACCGUCGAUGAUUUGCCGGAGAAAGGAACUCCCCACUACUACGCCGCUAUGUCCCACCGCGACCGCGUUAACUGGGCGAGUGGGUCCCGCGGUCGUGGCCUCCUCGAUCAAACUUCCACGCCGCCUCAGACGCAGCUCACUUUCUCCGACGGCAACGAGACUUACCGCCUUAAUUCCUUGGGAUACUUGCAUUACGCCAACGUUUCAGUUGGAACGCCAAGCGUUUCGUUUCUGGUGGCACUCGACACUGGCAGCGAUCUCUUCUGGUUGCCCUGCGAUUGCGAGAGCUGCGUUCGUGGCCUGCAGAGCUCAUCUGGGCAGAAAAUUGACUUCAAUAUUUACAGUCCAAACACGUCGUCCUCGAGCGGAAGUGUCCCCUGCAGCAACAGCUUGUGCCCGCUUCAAAGACAAUGCCCUACGCCGCAGACCGAUUGCAGCUAUAAGGUUGAAUAUCUUGAUAAUGGCACUUCAUCAACUGGAGUCCUGGUUGAGGAUGUGCUGCACUUGACACCAGACGCUACCCCCUCCAAAUCAUCGAAACUAGUGGAAGCAAAGAUUACAUUUGGUUGUGGCCAGGUUGAGACAGGCUCGUUUCUAAAUGGGGCAGCUCCCAAUGGUUUGUUUGGUCUUGGGAUGUCCAAUAUAUCAGUUCCCAGUACUUUGGCAAAGGAAGGGUACACUUCCAAUUCUUUCUCCAUGUGUUUUGGAGAAGAUGGGCUGGGGCGAAUCAGCUUUGGAGAUUCAGGAGGAAGUUCAGAUCACGGAGAGACGCCUUUCAAUCUUAGAAGCUUACACCCCACUUACAACAUUAGCAUCACUCAGACGGUAGUGGGAGGAAACUCUGAGGAUGUUGAGUUUUCAGCAAUCUUUGACACGGGCACCUCGUUUACGUACUUGAAUGAUCCUGCUUACUCUGUUAUAACUCAGAACUUUGACAGUUUGACUAAAGACCUGCGACAUUCAUCAUCUUCUACUAGUAAUCUCCCUUUUGAGUAUUGUUACGACAUAAGCUCAAACCAGACCGAGGUGCCCACGCUCGACCUAAUAAUGAAGGGCGGAGAUUACUUUAACGUGACUGACCCUCUGGUAUAUGUGAAUCUUCAGAAUGGCGGCCUUCUGUACUGCCUAGGACUGGUGAAGAGUGGUAAUGUCAACAUCAUCGGACAGAACUUCAUGACUGGUUAUCGGAUAAUCUUUGAUCGGGACAGGAAUGUUUUGGGUUGGAAAUCAUCAAAUUGUUACACCAAAGAGAGUUCCAACACCUUACCAAUCGGCCCCACAGAUUCUUCCAUGGUGCCGCCGGCUACAGCAGUGAACCCAGAAGCCACUGAUACUGGCGGGAACAAUAACAGUGCAUCUGGAUCCGGACAACGGAAUAAUUCACCACGAAAACUUGUGUUGUUUAGAUUUAGGGUCGUCACAGCUGUUAUUUGCUUGAUGUUAUUCUUUACUGUUUGAUUCUUCCUUUCACCGAUUGUUAUCUUCUCGGAGGUGUCUACAUUUAGAGUGCACACACGGUACACAGCAGUUAUAGGCAUUUCGUUUCUGGUUUAGCUCAGGAAGCAGGCAAUGUUAGCUAGCUCCUUUUUACCUGUAUUUUUGGUUCAUAAUAGAGCUACUUUGAAUACAAUCUGCCAUAUGUUCUGCUCCACUGUAAUAAGACAUUUUAUAAAAGUUUGAAAGUCACAAAAUUUCCCUUCAGGUUCUGUGCAUCAAAACAACAUUGCAAAACCGAUACCAUAUCGAAAAGUCUACUAGACAGACAAAAUUACAG